AUGGGUCGGUUCCUGGAAGACCUCGUGCACCAAGCGAUGGAGCUCACCAUGGAGGAGGAUGAUCAGAGAGCACUCAAGGCGAAAUUCCACAAGUUAAAGCAAGAGGUCAUUGACGAUGUCCGGGUUAUUUUCCCCCACGGACAGAUAACCCCGCCGACACUGGGCAUCCGAGGCAUCAAAGUCAAGCUUCCACCAAAAGAUCCCAAUGGCUUGAAUGGUCCAGAUAUCCCUGGCCCUUCUGCGCCUGGGAUACCCGAGGUUAUAAGCAUAUUCAAUGCAUAUGUGCAAAAUGAACUACCCACGUACCUCAUUUACGUGCCAGACAAAAGGCUUGUCGGUCGCAAUGAGGUGAAGCGGAUGUUCCGCAAAGAGGUCACCUUGAUUACGGAGGAGGCUAUCCACAGUCGCCUGGUCGAGCUGAGGGAAUCGUGCCCCACGGCGGAGAGGGAGGACGCGAUCAAAGAUCUUGUCAAGGACAUUGUGAAGUACGCUGUCCUCUCGCACCGCUGGCUCGAUAGCGGCGAACCCACCUUUUACGACAUCUUGAAAUCGUUCGAACCAUAUGGUUAUGAGAAACUUGUGAAGUUCUGCGAGAAAGCCAGCGAGUUCGGGUGCCGGUUGGCAUGGUCCGACACGUGCUGCAUCAACAAGGACAGCAGCACCGAGCUCGAAGAAGCCAUCCGGUCGAUGUUCAAGUGGUACCGUGAUGCUCAUGUGUGCAUUGCAUACCUCUCUGAUACCACCUCGAUCGACGAUCUCCAUCAAGAUGUAUGGUUCACUCGCGGAUGGACACUGCAAGAGUUGCUUGCACCAUGGAGGAUGAAGUUUUAUGGCAAGAACUGGCAGCCGCUUACCAGCGAUGUCGACGACAAGGAAAACUUGGAGCUCAUGGCUGCGCUUUCGCGUGCCACGAGGAUACCUCUCGAUGACCUCCGUCAUUUCCAGCCAGGCACAACCAACGUCCACGAGAAAAUGAUGUGGGCUUCCACUCGGACAACCACACGUAUCGAAGAUGUCGCUUACUCUCUCAUUGGAAUCUUCGACGUGAGCAUGAUGGUAGCAUAUGGAGAAGGAAAACGAGCGUUUCACAGGCUGAUGGAGGCAAUCAUCCAGAAGUGCGAUGAAUGGCAGAUCUUCGCAUGGGCGGGGCCAAGUUCACCCGACAGUGCUGCAUUCCCAGACUCGCCGAGAUGUUACCGUCCCCUCAAUCCAGUUGAUAGCAACGACGUUCUUCUGCCAUCUACAGUGUGGCGCGGCGAUCAGAAUAUUGUCAUGACGAAGCGCGGGUUGCAAAUUCAAGUGCUCCUUGUUGACUUGUCACAACAGGAGGUCACCGUUUACGAGAAGAUUGGCACUACGGACGUCCGGACUGACGCGUACUCUAGCUAUACUGCAGGGGUCGUGGACUACUGGUGUUACGAUGUGAGUGGAGAAGGCAUUCUUCAGCCGGAGCAGGAACAUCUCUGCGUGUUGCUCCAUCCUGAUCCCCGUAGCCCAUAUGCUGGUUGGCGCAAGGUUACGACAGCUAACCUUGUGACCAUACGUACGAAGAGCAAGCUGCGAAGGACUCUGUCAACAGUUUGGCUAUUGUCAUCAACUCCAUUAGCGCCCAAACUAGCGCCAUUGUCACGUGACUUAAUACCAACCGCCCACAUCUCGGAACUUACCGAAGACUCCUCCGACGAAGAUGAGGUAUUCCUUGACGCCCCAGAAUCAUAUGAUCCGUAG